AUGGCACUGUCUGACAAAGCUACUUUCGGCCACCAAGAGCCCAUCGUUGAUAAAGCCUUCCGCCCUUCCUCGGUCACAACCAUUACGAGUUUUCCAUCGUCUAUCUCUAACCGUGUAGUUGACUCUCCCAUUGAAUUGCCUGAUGGGCGCUUGGUCUGCUCGGCCCAUAAGCUUACCGUUUGCGGCAAAUGCUGUGUAGACUACAGCUUCAUGGACGAAAUCCUCGAAGACGACGAUAAGGAAGAGUCAGACGGAGACGUGAUGCUGACCGAGGAGGAGAUGAAGGCUUUCAGAGAGCGUCUGAUAGCCAAAAAGGGUGCGACAUUCUUCCUUCAAAACCUCAGCACCCAUCACUGA